CAGUGGUGAAAGUGAUAAUGAUAAACGUAACACUGGGGAAAUUGAUAAUGAUAAACGUAACAGUGGUGGAAAUGAUAAUUAUAAACGUAACAGUGGUGAAAGUGAUAAUGAUAAACGUAACUCUGGUGAAAAUGAUAAUGAUAAACGUAACAGUGGUGAAAGUGAUAAUGAUAAACACCCUGGUGGUGAAAGUGAUAAUGAUAAACACAACAGUGGUGAAAAUGAUAAUGAUAAACAGAACAGUGGUGAAAAUUACAAUGAUAAAUGUAACAGUGGUGGAAAUAAUAAUGAUAGACAAAGUAGCGGUGAAAGUGAAGAUGAUAAACACAUUUGUGGUGAAAAUGAUAAUAAUACACAGAACAGUGGUGGAAAUGAUAAUGAUAAACGUAACAGUGGUGAAAGUCAUAAUGAUAAACGUAACAGUGGUGAAAGUAAUAAUGAUAAACGUACCACUGGUGAAAGUGACAAUGAUAAUGAUAAACACAACAGUGGUGAAAAUCAUAAUGAUAAAC